CUCAAUUUUAGUAUUUUAAAAAUUAUUUUAUUAACAGCUUGCUACAUUAUUGACGGGAAUCAACCAAAAUUUUAUAUAGAGAAAUUUUUAAUUAUUAAUUUCAAAAUGGAGGUUGCAAAUUUAACGAGUACUUUACACACAAUUCAAAUGAUAUCCAUCGCAACUUAUAUGCAAAGAUUGAGUAAUUUUUUGCAUUUAAGUUACAAUUUAAAUGUCAAUGACAAAAAUAAUAGUAUGGCAAUUAUUAAUUCCUUUGUUAUUUAUUUAAAUACUUAUGAGAAAAAUGAUAUUGAUACAAAUUUUCUAACCUAUUGGUUAUUAAAUGACAAUGUUUAUUACGACAAAGCCAAUGAUAUAAAUAUUAAAUAUAAUUCUAUGUUUAAAAAAAUGUUAUUCGAUCAUAUAAUUCAUCAUGUUGUUUUUAAUGAUUAUGGUAAUGUUUAUGGAUUUUUAGCAGAACAUGUUCGUAAUUCAGAAAGUCUUCCAACACUUCAUAAUCUCUUUGAAAAUGUAGUAUUAUCAUUAAAUUUUUUAAGAAUUCGUUCACAAAAUUCACUAAGUGAUAAAGUAAUUAGAAAAAUAUUUAACAAAAUAAUUGUUCCACUUUCUUUGGAAUUGAAAAAUAAUCUUUAUAUUAAUUCAUUGGAUUUUAUUUAUGCUCAAGCUGGUUGUCGUUUUUCAUAUUUAAUCAAUAGAGAAAAUUCAAUUCCAAAUUCUUGGUUGACCGAUAACGAAAGAAGAAAUAUAUUUCAAACAUAUCUUGAAAUUGGAUUAGCAGUAAAACAAAUGGCAUCUUAUAAAAUAAUUGAUAAAUUAUCGUUGAAAAUUUUUGCACUACCAGCACUACUUAAUUAUGUUUAUAUUAAUAAGGAAAAAUUACGUGAUAUUGAAAUGACAACAAUUGUUUCUGAUAAAAAUCAUUGGACAAAUGCUUAUGAUAAUUUAUUUUCCUAUCUACACAAUUCAAAUGAUUUAAUAAUAAAAACAAAAGCAGAAGAUCCAAAAUAUCAAUAUUAUUUGGCUGUUUUACAUUUUAAAAAUUAUACAACAUUAGUGAAAGAAGAAUUAACAAAAAAAUGUAUAUUUGCCCAUGGAACACAAUUAGAAAAUGAAAUUAACAAGUAUAUUAAUAAUACAGCUAAUUAUACAUGUUUAGGUUCACAAAAUUUAUUACCAUUAGAGCAAUUUUUCAAAGAACAAGUAAAUGAUAUGCUUCACAAAUAUUAUCAGUUUAAAAUAAAAGAAGAAGAAGAAAAAAAUGAAACUAUUACAAUUGAUCGAUAUGAAAUUAAUAAUAAAAUAUUUGUGAAUUGUAAAAAUUUAUCAGAAGAUGAAAAUAUUUUAGAAACAGAACAUAAAUACUGUUUAUCAUUAUUGUAUUCGUGUAUUGUCGAUUUAAUUGAAGGAAAUCCAAUUAAUUUAUUAACAAAUGAUAAUUGUCCAAUUAGUGGAGGAAUUCAUAUUAAUGAGGUGACAAAAUUUUAUGAUUUAAUUCAACAUUUAACAACAAUUAAAACACGUAAUGAAUUUUCUAAAUUGGGAACAACUAUAAGAACAAUAGCAUUAAUGUCAUCGAUUUUAAGAAUAUUGAGAGAUGAAAAAACAUUUUGGAGAUUGAAGAAUAUUAAUAUAAAAAAUAAUACAUUCGUCGAAUUAGGAAUUCCCAACGCUGCAGGAAUUAAUCAUGGAUUUGAAAUUCAUUCUAUUUACAGUCCUAAUGAUGUAUUUCUAAUAGAAUAUCUUAUAAAGAAAAUUGGAAUAAGAAGUUCUAUUUUAUUUGAAUUUUUAUUUAAAUCAUAAUAUCUUAUUAAUUUUUAAAAUUAUUUCUUUGGAAAGGGUACAUAAUUUUUUAGGGUUUUCUGAAUUAAUUAGAUUGAUUAAAUUAAUUAAAUAGAAUAAAUAAAUUAAG